AUGGCACCAGUGGUUGGGUCUGAAAAGUCAAGGCCGAAGCUUUGGGCACCCUGCAAGCAGGGAGCAUGGAGUGGACGGGGGGAAGAAGGAGACGGUAUCCGCGUGUUCGCUCGUAAUACCUUGGACUUGGACACGGGUAAAGAGCACACAAAUCGUUCCCCCCAGUGUCCUUUACACGACGUCCUUCGUUCCGGGACAAUCGCCAACGGGGCGGAGGUCCCAAGUCGCUAACGAGUCAGGUUCGGAGCUCGCAUCGUCCUCCCGCUUUCAUGUUCGGUGAGUUUCGCAACAUAAUCCUGGCACAACAGGUACCUGAUCUGAAGCUCGGAUUCGCCUGACAGGGAUGUAGGUGACGGGUGUCAGCCUUAAUGCUGAGCCACGAGUCUUUCUCUUUCUGCGGCGCUGAUCACGCAGAAGCCGUCCAUUGUGAACGGAGACUUGUUUGCCAAUCUGCAGAGGCUCAUACGCUGCCCAAACCUUUCUUUAUCUUAAAAGGUAGAUAGAUUUUUUGGCAGCCUGUUGGUGGAGGCUAGACGAUGGCACUUCAAAACACGUCAGACAAAAAAAAAACAAUUAAGAGAUAAAGGGAACCAGCGGAAGACCAGCCGCUGACAAUUGAGACCCGAGCCAGACAACAACGAUGGUCGGAUUGCCCUGGAGAAUUUCUGCCAUGUCACCAGUGCCUUUUCUUUUCCCCUCCGUUGUCAUUUGGGCCUGGGAUUUCCGCCUAUCAAAAGUGCCCAAAAUACGAAGUCGACUUCCUAUUUGUUGCUCAGCGUGAAAAUCGAGCCCAUUUUUUGUUACAGUUUCAUUUUCAUCCAUGUCCACUUCUAUUUUAAAAGUUUCCUUCGCUAUCUGCAAAUUAUCCUUUUGUUCCGCGAUGGCGGAACUGGAGAUGUGUUCUCCGUACUACAUGUGGUUAUCCUCGACUGAUCCCCGCCGACACGAAUGUUGGGCAACCUGGGAAUCACCGAAGGGCUCAGAGCUGCUUCCUCGGGAUUCAGCUGACAAUAACUAAUGUGCAUCCUCCGUACAUUACAGAGUAACUAUGUGUUUUCCCUGUUGUAACCUCUUUCAUUUGUGGUAUCGGCACCUGGGUCGAACAGGGGAACAAAAUUAGGAAUUAUUGAGCGUGAUUAACUGGAAAUUCAAGAUAGUUCACAAACAAAGAGUGUCAACCCGUUUUGCCUCCAAAAACUCAUUGGUUGACCAAUUAAAGAUUUAAU